AUGAUCCGAAUUUUGAAUUUCCUAUUGUUGUCAAUACUUGUAGUGUCCGCUAGUGCACAAUCCUACGAUUAUCAAGACGGAGGAGGCUAUGAUGAACAGUAUUCACAGGAUAGCUUGUAUCACGACUACGCCAUGAAGCAACAAGAGAAGGAUGUCGGUGCAGCACAAGGGGGCUGGGCUAAAGUCGCAGCCGGAACUGCGGCUGGUUGGUUGUUGGGCGGCAAAAUCCACUCUUCUCGCAAGGCCAAGAACUUGAAUUCCAAGCACAAGGAAGAACAAAAGGCUCUUUACACUCAAUACUACAAUGAUGUUUACACUCUUCAACAACAGAAUCAAGAACUGGCUCAAGCUUUGGAGCAAAUGGGUGUGAGAGUAAAAUAG